AUAUUUUGGGGUCCCUGAUGAGGGUCCCAGGUGUCCUGCAUGUUUUAAAUAAUUAGCUUUUUUUGAUUAAUAAGGAGAAUUUAUUUCAUAAUUAAAAUACAGUCUUAGAAUGUCUAGAAGCAAAUAUCAGAUUGGCCCUGAAGCAGGCUGACAGCGUCAGGUGAGACAGGUGGGGCAUUUCUCUCCCCUGUGCAUCACGAAGGGACAGCUCUCACAAAGUGUUUUUAUACAUUUCCAAGCUCCAAGGGUUGUUGGGGGCAGGCGUUUUUCUGCUUUCUUAUGGUUGAUCUUAUCCUUUUUGCAUUUUCAUGUAGUUUUUCCUUCUUGCUGCAGCUCUUGCUGAGAGUUUCCCCAAAACUGGUAAAUAAUUCACAUUGUUAGAAGAAAAUCUCCUGCAAUAUGCAUUCUAGGAGGCACACAUUUAUCUUAUAGAUGAUGCAAAUUGAAUGCACAUUGCUGAGGUUUGGUCAGAGAAAUAAUCUUCUGGAAUCAGCAUUUCCGGGGACGAAUAUUCAGGCUAGGAUUCUGGUGCAUGUUGAUUGCCCUGAACCCUCUUUUGGUAUGCUAGGAUUUUCAUUAGGCGAGAUUACUGUAGUCUCAGCUUGAAUUUGUACAUACAAUCUAUCAGAAUCCAUCCCUUUCUUUAUUAAUUUAUUAAAUUUGUACUUUUAGGAUACACUUUGACAAAGCUUACUUAUUUUUGAAUUUUAUAUUUAGUAUUUAUAAAACUUAACAACUACACUUUUAUACUACUAGUCAGGGUGUAAAAUUAACAGCUCUUCUCAUAAGGUAGAUUAUUCUAAAUCUUUAGUUUCUUUUCUUUGGAUUGUCAGUUAUAUUUUUUUAUAUCAAUGCAUGUGCUUAUUGUAAUUUAGAUAUAUUUUGACUCCAUAGUCGUUUAAGGCUGGUAAUAUUUGUAAAAUAAGUUUUUCAUGUAUUCUUAUGUUGCCUGCUAAAAUACGUCUUUACAACUGUCUCAUGUACUUGUUUUCUUAACUCUUGAGCAAUUUGCUUUAUUCUACUUCCAGGAUUUAUUUCUUCUCUAGCUCUUACAGAAGAAAAGGUUUUAAUAUAUUGCUUACAAAUUUUGCCGUUUUAUUCUUUUUGCUCUAUUCCACAUUUUCUUUAUUGCAGUGUCAUUUACUACUCAUAGUGCACAUUCUGAUUUUGUUAAACUUAUAGCGUACUGCACUAACUUGGGAGUGUGCAUAUGGCUCAUUCUUUUUGGGCUUGGAUGACUAAUACAGUGACAAUAGUCCUCUGCAGUUUUAACUCUCUAGCUCUCUCAAAGCCCCUUUGGGUUGCAGCCAAAGGGCCAAGAUGUGUAUCUUCUUGGUAGCAGAGCUUACACCUUGGGAUCUAGUCACUGGUGUCAUUCGUCUCAUUCUCAGUAUUUACUUCAUAAGAUUUAGAAGAGCCUUUUAAAUUGUUUUUCGGGAUUUAUGAUAGCAUCUGCUUAUUUCUAAUUGUUAUAGUUUUAUUUCUUUGACAUUUUAGCUGUAAAGUUGUAAUUAGUCUGUACACUUCUCUUUCCUUCAGCAAUACUUGGCUGUUUUCCUUUAGUUUAAUUUGAUCCUUAUUAAAUAUCUAAUGGCUUUUGUUAUACACUAUCUGAUUUAAUUUUACUUUUAAUGUUUCUUGGAACUUAAAUCUGGUUUGUAUCUUAUAUACUUAAUUUUUUCAGAUUUUUCAUGCAUCAUAUUACUUGUUCUAAUAUAUUCUUUACAGUGUUUCAUUAGCUUUUACUUCUGUUUCUUUUCUCUAUUCUGACAAAAGCACAAAAAUAUUUUAUUUUUUGAAAUAAAUUUGCAUAUCACAAUCUAAAUAUUCAGUUCACUUAAAACAACCUCAUGAAUAAUACAGUUUAAAAUAAAAUAUUUUACUUCUCAUAACAAUGGGUUUUACAGCUUACAAGCUUAGGUAUUAAUAUGCAUCAGUCUAUUUUGCUUCAAGGAGUAGUCGUGACUUUUUAGUGAGGUUUGGCUGGUGUUUCUGCUGGUGGAUUUACAGGUCUUCUGUCCUGCCUUUCUUUGCAGCUGAACCUGCUGGUGAAGGUGGUGCAGCUUCCCAAGCCACGUCCAGGACUGAGGCUGUGGGAGAUGCCGAGGGUGUGUCUGCAGGGAGGACUUCUCCAGCUCCUUUGCUGAUUCCUACACAGAAGCCUGGCAACCAUCGCAGAGGUGAGUAGUGUGUCCCUGCUGACCCCACAGGCUGAGCCCUGCUGCUGUUGGAUCCAUUCCUGGGAAAUGGAAUUCUGUUGCUCUAAGGUCCUCCGCGGGCGAAGAACCAAGCUACAGGACACCAGAAACCCCAUGAGCCAUCCGAAAACAUGAGGCAAAUGCUGAAGGAAAUGCAGCAGGCAGGAGAAGAAGUGGAUGGAGAGGCUGUGCAGAAGGCAGCAUUUCCUGGAGGAAGCAGUGGUUCUGUGCCAGCCUCUGCUGAAGGAAGGGAGGCCAUGCCAGGCACAGGCACAGGAGCUGAGGUUGCUCAGAAGGCUUCUCCAUUAGCUUGGCUGCAUAAAGUUUUGAAGCCCUUGGAGUCUCCUGCAGGUGUGUCUGCAGGGAGGACUUCUCCAGCUCCUUUGCUGAUUCCUACAAAGAAGACUGGCUCCCAUGGCAGGGGUCCUCUGAGAAGGAAGAACAAAGGCAAAGGACAGAAGAAACCCCACGAGCCAAACAACAUCCUGAAACAAAUCGUGACAGAACUGCACAAAGGGCAUGGGAUGGACAGAGAGGCUCUGUGGAAGGUGGCAUUUCCUGAAGGAAGGGAAGAGAUGCCAGGCAGAGUCCCAGGAGAUGAGGAUCACGUCUUAAAUUACUUGGAAACACUGGUGAAUGGUGGUUUGAAGACCUUGCCAGAUGUUGGAGCUAACCUGGUUGGUGAAAGUGAUCUGGCUUCCCAACCCACGUUCAGGAUUGAGUCUCUGGGAGAUGCUGAGGUGAUGGACCAAAAGGCAGGGCUGAAGGAGGUGUUUCCCCAAGGAAGCAGUGGCUCAUUGGCAGCCCCUGCUGCAGGGAGGAAGGCGAUGGCAGACACGGGCACAGGCACAGCAGAUGAGGUGUCUGGGAAGGCUUCUCCAUUAGCUUGGUUGCAUAAAGUGUUGGUCCUAUCUGACCCCCUCUCAGGUGUGUCUGCAGCGAGGACUUCUCCAGCUCCUUUGCUGAUUCCUACACAGAAGCCUGGUUCCCAUCGCAGGGAUUGGGAUCGUGACAUGGAUUCCAUGCUUGUCUUUCUGGAUGAGAGUGUGAAGACCUCGGCAGAUGGUGGAGCUAACCCGGUUGGUGAAAGUGAUCUGGCUUCCCAACCCACAUUCAGGAUUGAGCCUCUGGGAGAUGCUGAGGGUGUGUCUGCGGGGAGGACUUUCCCAGGUCCAUUGGUGGAUGUUGCACGCAGGACCAGCUCCCUUCGCAGGGGUCCCCUGAGAAUGGAGAACAAACCUAGAGGAGACACUAAGUCCCUGGAGGCAUCCAAACACAUGGAGAAGAUGCCGAGUGAUCUGGAGAGACGCCAUGAUGCAGCCAGCACCAGAAAACAUGCUGACAACAUCGGGAAGAGCACAAGAGUUUUCUGCUGGGUAACACCAUGUUUGAAGAAGUUGAUGGCCAUUGUGGCUGGUGCAGCACUUUGCCUGAUGAUGUGCUAUGCCGCAAUCUGGUAUUGCUGGAAGAGAAACUGGAGCACCUCUGGACAGGAGUUUAAAGACGGUGGCUGCACCUUACUCCCAGACAGUUUGAGCUGCUCCUCUGGCCUCAUAAGGGCCUGGACAGCCCUUUCACCUGUUCUGUGUAGGGAACCGAAGAUCAGCCAUCUACAAGGAAACCUCCUACUACCCUGUAGAUCCCACUGCCACCUGCUCUCCCCAUGGGUCUCCCCAAGAUGACUUCAUCCCUUUUUUGAUCUCCCUGCAUCCCAUCCCAGCCAAUUCUCAAGUUCUUCUGGAGACCCCAGGCCCAGCUGAGCACCCUCCAGCCCCUCCUGAGACCAACACAUCCCUUCCUCUGCCCCUCUGCUCCCUGGCCUUGCCCUCUAAGCAACACUGGAGUUAAGCCCUGCUGCCCUGCCAGGGUAGGCGAUGGCCCAGCUCUUCUCUUGCACUACAGAGAUGGAGCUGUCACCCCAGUGUCUGGGAGGUAGCAGCAGCAAAGCCCACCCGGCACCAGCACUG